AUGAGUGCAAAAGGUCUUAUCACGUGCUUACGUAAACUAUUUACAACAUUUGGAGUCCCAGAAGAAAUUUCAACCGACGGUGGUCCUCAAUUCACCUCUAGAGAAACAAAAGAGUUUCUACAACAAUGGGGCAUAACUCAUCGCAUUUUAUCAGCCCACCACCCACAAUCUAAUGGAAGAGCUGAGCUUGCAGUUAAGUCAACAAAACGCCUCCUCGAAAAUAAUGUGGGACCAAAUGGUGAUCUCAAUAAUAUCGCUUUUGUAAGGGCAAUGCUUACAAUAAGAAACACACCAGACUCUACCUGUCAGUUAUCCCCCGCUCAAGUAUUAUUUGGCCAUCCCAUUCGCGACGCCAUGCCUAGGAUAAAAUCCAGAAUACCUAUGUUUAAUAACGACCAAUUCUUGAAAACGUGGAGACAUGCAUGGUCUGCAAAAGAAGAAGCAUUACGAACAAGAUAUGCAAAGACCCUUGAAUCACUUCAAGAACACACACGUUUCCUCACACCACUACAUGAAGGAGACAGUGUCUUUAUACGAAAUCAAGUAGGGAACCACCCUAAAAAAUCGGAUCGUAGUGGAAAAGUUGUUGAAUGUAAGGAAAAUGACCAAUACAUCAUUAAGGUUGAAGGAACAGGUCGACUAACAUUGAGAAAUAGAAAAUACUUGCGCAAAUUCCUCAACCCACUAAAGUCAUACGAAACCGAAGUUGCAUUGACCACACCACCAAAAACAAGCUCUAGUCACGAUAACUCUGAUGAUUCGCCAACACCAUUUACAGAAUUAUUAUAUGUUCUAUUGACUUAA